AGACAACUUUCGGUCUCUAAUGACUCCAGUAAAGUCCUGUAAAUGAAUAAGAUGUGACAGCGAGCGCACAUUCGCUCUUCUGCCACUGAGAACACGGCUUUGUUAUUGUCAGCUAAAAGUUAUAUAAUAAGUUAAAACUGAAAUUUCUAGCCACCAGUUUGUAUACCUGCCGUUGAUAUGAUUAUUGAAAUUAUGAGAGAGUGGGGUUACCCUCAUUUGAAUUUUUCAAGUGUCUUUUUGGGAUUCGGAAUUGUUUUAAUUUCAACUAUAUUAUUUUUGGUCCACCGACAUAAAAAGGUAAUGCUUAAAACUUUUUUUUGUAAAGAAAAGAAAUUAAAUAUACAAUCAGUAAUAAUAGUAAUAGUGCUAACUAUAAUUAUAAUUUAGGCUCAGAACAUUAUUGUAGUUAUAGGACUACCCUAUUGAAAACAAAAUUAAAAUGUGUAAAUUGUAAGCAUAGUAUUGUAGUUGUAGUAUAGCAGUAUAGGCAUAGGCCGAAUGAAUCAUUUUAAUAUUAUUUAUCAAAAUGGGAAAUAACCUGGGCCUAUUAUUUACAUUUACGGAAUUUACGUAAUUUGAAUUCUAUGGAUGCACAUUAUUCUCCACACCCUCACUAGGACAGGCUAGGGAUUAUUAAUUUUUAAAAGUUCACCUUUAGAUUUAGACUUUAGUUUAAGAAUAAAUAUAAGAUUAUUACUAAAAAAUGUGGUUAUAAAAAAUAAUAAAUGAAAUCUUAAAGCUGAAAGUGAAAGAAGCAGCCAAAGACUUGGACUUGGGGCCAAAGCCAAAGACUUUCAUCUUUGGUUUGGGAUGAGUUAGACUCAAGACUAUUAGUAUGAGUAAAACUUAUACUGCUAGAAUGAUUCAACAAUGGCCUUUUCAAGUCUCAAGUUUAAGCAAGCCUACAGAAAUUGAUAUACCAAGCCAGGCUUUACUUCGGCAGGCAGUUUAUAUUAUUAUUAGACCUAAACUUAAAUCUAAAAGAAAUAAACAACUUCAUAAGCAAUAAGUAUAAGCCUGAUUAGAUAAUUUUAAAAUGGGAGAAAUGCAUAACUGGCAUAACCCAGAAAAUUUGAACUAAAUCUAUUUUACUAACAUUUUUCUUGGUGAAAAAUAAAUAAUAAAGAAGCAAUUCUCAUUAUUCUGAAUCUGGCUAAUGCUAAACCAUUCUCAUUCAGUCAUAUUUUAAUUGUCCAAAUGAAAAAAUGCAGGUCACUUAAGUAUUAAUAAAAUUUAUUUUAUUUAAUUUACCAAAUAUUCCAACAUUUUAAUAAAUAGAAAAAGUCUUAUGGUCCUUAAUCAGCAACCCUCCCUUGGAUUCAUUAAUCAUAUCUAAUCUAGUGUUUUGAGAUCUACUUGACUUUUAAUAUCUAGAACUGGGGUUAGCAACAUACAGGCCGGAUGCAGAUACGACACACAUUCUUAUCUAUGUAGUCAGCCAUUUUGCCCAAUGAAUAAAAUAGAGGGCCUAGGGCGCAACAUGUAUGUGAUAUACUAUUUGUGUAAAUGAUUUGUUUUGAUAUUGAAUUAUAUGUGGUAUAUUAUUAUAACUUAUUUUUUAUUAUUUAUGGUUAUUUCAUAUGCAAUUUACAGCCCAUUAGAGUGACAAAGCCCAGCCAAAAGUUUUCAAAAAAUGGCCCUGAAGUUAUUAUCAUUGGAUCGGGGGUUGCUGGCUCAGCAAUGGCCACAGUGCUUGCAAGGGAUGGAAGAAAGGUUACUGUAAUAGAACGGGAUCUCAAGGAACCUGACCGUAUUGUUGGAGAAUUGCUUCAACCUGGGGGAGUCAAUGCCCUUACAAAAUUAGGAUUAGCAGGCAAGUUAAGUGAUAAAAAAUUUUAAUGUUGACAUUUCUUCUUUUUCUAAAAUUCAAUUAUCUUUUUAGUUUAAAAAAAAAUUAAACCAAUUUAUGUUUCAAUGUUUGGUAUUCAUUUUUUAAAAAGCUAAGGAGCCUAUCACUAUCAUUUUAAAAAUAAUAUAUUUCAGAUUGCAUUAAAGGCUUAGAUGCUCAUAAAAUCAAGGGAUAUGUCAUACACAAUUUAGAGGCCAAAACAGAGGUUGUCGUGCCCUACCCAGAAAAUUUUGCAGAAAGUGGAACAGCCAAGCUUAAUUCUGAUGGUACUGCAUUUCAUCAUGGAAGAUUUAUUAUGGCACUUAGAGAAGAAGCCAAAAAAGAACCUAAGUGAGUAAAUUAAAGUGUCUUUAUUUGAUUAAUAAUUUAAGUUUUCAGAAUUUAGCAAUCUAAUUAUAACCUAUUAUAAAUUGGCGGAAAUAGUUUUAUUUUCAUAUUUGUUUUGAUUACUUUGUGAAUGGUUACACAUUUUUUCCUAAUCACAAGGUAAGGCAUCAAAACAUAAUUUAAUUUUGCACAUUAUCAGUUUGUUGUUUUUGAUGAUAAAUUUGUAUAAAAUAUUUUAUUGCAUUUUUUAAAAUUACUUAAUGGCACCUAUUGUUCCUAAAUUAUUUCAGUGUGACAUACAUUGAAGGAACUGCCAGUAAACUUCUAGAAGAAAAUGGAGUUGUGAUAGGCGUUAGGUAUAAACCCAAGGAUGAAGAAGAUCCAAAAGUGUGUAAUGCUUUUGAAAUUUAAGUACCGGUACUACAACAUAAUUUAAAUGUUUCCCCCUUAUUAAUUAUAUUCCACUGCUAGCUAUGCUGAAAAUUUUGGUUUGAUGUUUCAAAAUUAAAUUAAAAUGUUAAACUUUAUAAGUCAUCAAUUGUUAGGGAAAGUUUUUCCAAUCAUUCAAAUGGUGUUGUGCAAACACACCUGCUUUCAUUAUGCUAUAACACAGCGUUUCCAAAACUUUUAAUUUUGUUGGACACGUUUUGAAAUAGCACCAGGCACCGAUUAUAUUUUACAUUUUCUUUUUAUUUGACUCCUAAAUUAAUGUUUUGAGGACCGGCAAUGAAAUGCUUGCGGACCGGUGCCAUUGAGGAUCACCAUUUGGGGAACACUGCUCUAACAUUAUUUUAGUGAAAAAAGAAGUGUAAUAUUUUUUUAAAUGGUCCCUUUUUUAUACAAUAUCUUCAGGAGAUAUUUGCCCCCUUAACCUUUGUAGUGGAUGGCUGUUUCUCCAAAUUCCGUAAAGAACUGGUCAAGGAGGAAGUUAAAGUAACAUCUCAUUUUGUUGGGCUGCUCAUGCAUCACUGCCCACAGAAAAUCAACAAUCAUGCAGAACUUGUCCUUGCUAACCCCAGCCCAGUUCUGAUCUACCAGAUUUCUUCUGAUUGCACACGUGUCCUGGUAGAUGUCCGAGGUCUAAUGCCUAAGAAUAUUAAAGAGUAUCUAUUGGAUUCAGUUUGUCACCAACUGCCAGGUUUGUUUCUCUUUUUAAGGAAAUCAUUCUUGAAAUAAAAAAAAAUAAAGUGGGAGAGUAUUACACAAUAGUGUUGCCAGGAACUAAGUGACUGCUUAAAAUGGAGUCAUUUAGUUGCCAAAAAGAUAGGACCAUGUUUUGCCCCAAGUGUGGCGGGGGAGAUCAUAGUGAUACGCAGUAGGAAAUCCACUCCUUACGUUUUAAAUGGCAAAUUUAUGGGAGCUACCACUUUGGCGUUCCUGGGGUAGCCAGAUAGUUCACCACUAGGGCAAAACAUCCCGGUAGAGCUGCCUCCCGGCACCUCCCUCUCUGAAAAAGGUCCUGUGAGAUGGAGUUACAGGGGGGUCCAUAAGAGCUCCAGCUCCGGUCACUAAUGUCGUUCCAUGUGAUACAUUUUCAGUUGUUUUUUUCAUAAUAUAUUUAAUUCAUGGUUUUAAUAUUUAAAUUGAAUUUCUUGAUUUUAAAAAGUAGCAUAGCAAUAGAGGUUUUGAAUUUAAUUUUAUAGAACACAUUCAAGAAUCAUUCAGAGAUGGAGUUAUCAAUGGCAGAGUUAGAAGCAUGCCCAACAGCUUUCUCCCUCCAAGUCCAUUAGAGCGUCCUGGGGCUCUAGUUCUUGGAGACGCCUACAACAUGAGACAUCCCCUGACAGGAGGAGGGAUGAGUGUGUGCUUAAAUGAUGCAGUCAUCUGGCGGGAGCUACUCAAGGGAAUUCCUGAUCUCUCAGAUUAUGAGUCUAUCAUCAAAGCUUUAAGAGUGUUCCACCUGAGAAGAAAGAAUAAUCAUUCAUUUGUGGUGAAUGUUCUUGCUCAAGCCUUGUAUGAGUUGUUUGCUGCUGAAAAUAGUAAGUUAACAUUUGGAAAAAAAACAUUUUUUUUUUUUUUUACACUGAUUAACACUAAGAGUCUUAAUAAUGCUUUAAGGUGCUUUCCUAUUUUUUAAAAAAUUUUUUUUUUUAAUAAAGGCCAGGUAUGAGACAUUAAUUCUAGUUCCACUUAUUUUAUUACUGUAUUACCACACCUAUUUACCCUCAAACUCUUAAAAUCAUAUAAUAUCAUCACAAAAUCAUUCUAUACAUUAUCUUAAUAGUAAAAAAAAUAAACAUACAGUAUAUAUAAUGUAUACACCUCAAAAUUGUGCAUUGUACGCCAAAAUCGUAAGAGUAAACAGGUCUGUAUUACCAUGCUUUACAAAAAAACUAGAGAGCUCAACAGAUGGUAAUUUUUUUUCUUAGAAACAAGGUAUAAUGAGAGGACAUUAAAAACCAUAACAAUAGCAUAUACCUAAACAUAUGAAAAAAUUUAUGGAUAAUUCUAUUAUAACUGUCAGUUUCAUUCUUUCAAAAGGAUUAAAUCACAGAUGUUUUAAGAGUAAAUAUGGGGAACUUGUUUAUCACACUGAAAUUUGGUUACUGCAUUAAGAUGCUUAGUGUUACGCACUGACUUGUAUUGGGAGAAAUUAAUCUCUUAUUUUAAUUUUAAUUGGCUCGUUGUAAGCAGUGCCUAACAAAGGACUGUACCAUAGAAUCAACAAUAUUAAAGAUACGACCCAAAACAGUUUCUAGUUACAAUUAAUUAAGAUUCAUUAUGUCUUAAGAUAAUUACAAAAGAAAAGAAAAUAUAAUUACAAUCUUCAACUUACAGUAUGGUAGAUCUUGUACCGGUACACAGUUAACACAGUUAGAAUAAUGUGCCAAUAAAUAAUGCGAAAUAAACACAUAUGAGCACACAAAUACACAAAGAAUAAAACACGCCUCGUAAUGUUAAGAAAAUCUAUCUGAAAUCUCCCUCUGUCCGAGCCUGUCAAUCCCUUAUAUAGGUGGGUCUACCGACGCCUAAGCCCUGCCUUCGACAAGCUACAUGGCAUUUCUAGAACCAUCAGAUUCAUUCUACAAAACACUACUUGGAACAGAUUAAUUAUUUUUAGUAGUUGGUGGCGUAAACAAGAAUACAUCAAAGGCCUAAGCCACACCCCUUUGUGAACACAGCGUCUCAUGCGGGGUCAAUCAGAGGGCACGCACAAGAAAUAUUAUGUAAACAAGCUCUCUAUAACACUUAGUUUCUACUCCUAAAAGUUAUAAAUGCCAUCAAAAACAAAGAUGUUCCAACUUCCUAUCUCAAUAAACCUAGUUUAUCACAUUUAAAAUACUAAUAACUCAACUGUCAAAUCAAGGGUAAAAUGCAUUAAGUAACACCAAUUGGCUAACUAUGUGUAUCACAGCUUCCUGUAAAGAUUUGACCUAUAUCUCAACAUUGAAUUCAGGGCAAAAGUGUAACUCAAUUCUGCCAUAAACAUUUUUAACAAGAUUUUGAGCCUCAGUUCCACCUUGUAUAGGUAACAUUUAGCUAUGAAAAAAUGACAGAGGACAUGCUCAUGGAACUAGUGAAGCCUCAGAGACAUGCUGAUUUUAAACAGAAUGGACCUUUGAGCCCUUCAGUUGAUUAGUUACUAUUCCAGAUAUAACAAAUAUUGCUGUGAGACCAAACAUUAGCAAUGGGGUGACAGUAAAUGCACUAAAAUGAUAAUUUUCAUUUCUUAUACAGUACUUAUUUUUUUAUAUUUUAAUUUCAUAAAAGCCUACAGUUAAAAUGCAAUACACUUUUAAUCACUAAAGUCAUGUAUAUUGGAUAUUUUUUUGUAUUUUAGAAGAUGUUUGCUUAAUGACAUGUGUAGUUUAUUGAUUAUAUGAUCAUCCUCAUUGGGCCCUUUAGAUAGUUUAGACCUCUCUCUAAACGUUUUUUACAUUUUAAUAAUUUUAAUAACUUUCAUUUUCCAGCUCAUCUUGUUAGUAUGAAGAAAGCUUGUUUUGAAUACUUCAGACUUGGAGGGGAAUGUGUCAAUGGACCUGUCAGCCUACUUUCAGUGUAAGUGUUUAAUGGUAGCAAUACAUAUUGUAUGUCAUGCUGUCUGAAAUCAACACAGGGGAGUGUUAGUGUUUUAAGGGUUGUGCGGGUGGAUCAUGUGUUCUCUGGCAGUUGUUGUGUCAACAUUCACCAAAUGACAAUGGGAAUCUAUGUUGUCUUUAUUUGUUUGGCUGUUCUCUCUGUGUUUCUCUUUUUGUUGUGUGUGUUACUUACUAUUUUUUAAGACUUAUCCAAUUAAAAUCCAUAUUGCAAAUAUAAAGUAAAAAGCCCCUUCUAUCCACAUUAGGUCUUUCUUCCAGUACAGUGAAAUGUCAAGGCAGUAUAAGACAGUAAACUCAAUAACUUUGUCAAGUCGGAAAUGUUUAUUUUACUUUGUUAAUAUAAAUGAAGGAAUCUGUGUUACUACAGUUAGCAUAAUUAAACAAUGAAUCAUCAGAAUCACAUCUAAAUUGGUAUCAAAUUCAUCAUCUGAGUUCAUGUUUAACAAAAGGGCUUUUCAUCGUGAAAAAAACUCAAAAUUUGAUGAGUAUUGGUCCUUAAACAAGCUAUUUGCAUUUAAAAGGUGUGCAGCUAAGGGGGGAGUAACCCUGUAUAUUUCUUGUUGCUAUGAUAUACAGACACCAAUUGAUGUGGUGUGAAUAUAAAAUGUGAUAGUGAAAAUAUCAAAGAAAAUUAUUGCAAUAAAAACAUAUUUCUAUUUUCAAUUUCAAACACAGCACUCAAACAUAUGACAUUUUUAUACUUAUAUUUACAUCAUUUGUACAAAAAUAAUUUCAUCUAAUGUAAUUAAUGAUAUUUUAUGAAUCCCCAGCGUAGUUAAAGACAAGCACACUUUCAAAAUAUUCUUUUGGUGAGAAGUGUUGACUAAAGUAUUUUGUUAAAUUAAAUCUCAUUCUUUUGCAGGCUCAAUCCUAAACCCUACCUCUUGAUUGGACAUUUCUUUGCUGUGGCCAUGUAUGCUGUGUACUUUGUGUUCCAAUCUGAGCCCUUGUGGGCACUGCACCGGGUCCUAUACCGCUCAGCAAUGAUUCUCUUCAGUGCAUGUGGUAUUAUCUUGCCAUUGAUAUGGGGUGAAACCAAAUCUCUUCUCUUCUCUUGAUCCUGUAAUCCUCUGUAUAUAACCAAACCAUUGCUAUUCACACAAUUAGCUACCAUAGAGAAUAGUUCUAAAGUCUGUUGGUUAAUAAGCUGACUCCCCCUUGCUAGGAUGGGAAAAGCCUUAAAAGUGUAUAAUCUGCUUUUAAGUAUAGGAGCCAGAAUGAUCAAUAUUGAUCGCGGCCCCCUCAAAAUAUAGAAGAAGAAGAAAAGCCUACCCCAUAAAAUAUGAUGCAAGCGUAAGCAAUACAAUACCUCCUAAGACGUGCUAAUAAGCCAACCACUACUCUUAUUCCUCUGAGAUAAUUUCCCCCAAAAAGUCAGCUUUAGAAAGAGUAUCAACAGCAUUCAAUUUGCCCUUUGAGAAGUUGUGUGUGUUUUGUUUUAAACUUGUCAACGCAUAAUUUUUCAGUGCAACCCUUGAGAAUUAAAUUUGCUUUUUUUGAACAUUUUGAUUCUUCUGAUAGGAGAAAUUUUCUUGUAUUCUCGUAAUGCUAAAUAAAUAUUCUAUUCAAUUAAUUAACUUUUAAAAAUCUUAACAGUUCCUGUCAUCUUAGUUUUUAUAUUAAAUGCAGUUGUCCAUACAAUAAAUGCCAAACUUACUUAUUAAAAAAAAAAUGUCGAAUUACUUAUUGAGAUUUAAUUAAAAAUCAUUUACUUAAAAAUAUUAAUGCUUAAUAAUGCCACAUUUAUGAAAAUUGAACGUUGUAACCUUAAGUUUAUUUACUUAAAUUUCCUAGAUCUACUGGUUUGGCGUUGGUUCUUUUUUACGUACAAAUCUCAUGUGUUUAUCAUGAUAAUAUGGUGAUAUAUUUGUUUUGGGAGUAACUAACUCAAAUCAAUCUCAUUUUUUUUUUAAACAUUUGGGAGAAACAUUAUUCUACCACUUACCAAGAAUAAGAUACAGAAUCCCUUUCCAGUUUAAAAUGUCAAUGCUAACAAACAGAGAAAAUAACUGACCAUUAUUUGCGUUCAAUUUAUGGUUCUUUUUAUGAAGUAAUAAUUGUUUUCUGGCCAGAAAUGUUUUCUACUUUCAUCCCUGUCUUAUACUGAGGUUAAGUUUUAUUUCAUUCUUGUUGGUAGUAUUGCUCUCCCUUUGAUCAAGAUUCUCAAAACCAGUUCUAAAUUAAUCUAUUUAUAUUGAGGAACAUAAGCAUCUUCUGUAAAACUGUUUGUACAACAACAUGACUGAUUGUCAGCUAUGAAGUAAUUUGUUUGGGGGGUAUUUUUAUUAAUUAUUGAUUGUCUUAAUUGAAGAUUGAGAACACAAUUUUUAUAUUUUGUCUACAAAAUAGAGUAUAAUAAUGAUAUGUCUGAAAAAUUGUGUAUGCAAUGCCAAGGGUUUUAAGAUUGAUUUAUUUAUUUCACACAUAGUCUGAAUGAAGACUGUAAACACAAGGGUCAUGACUUCAGACUAAUUUUCACUUCAGCAAUAAUUGCAUUUAAAAAUGGCAAAGAAGGGGGAAAAUAUAGUGGACUUAUUUCAUGUGCAAGUAAAUGAAAUGUCCAAAAUCCACCUGAGCUAAAUAUGGUUAACUGACUACUUGUGUGUGUGAACUGAAUAUUUGUAUGUGUAUUUAUAUAUAUAUAUAUAUAUAUUUUUUUUUAUAAAGCUUCCUUCGUAAUGUUCAACAACUUGUAUGGUAGAUAACAUGUCAAAUUAUUGAAAUUGUCUCCCAAUUUUUAAAGUUAUGAAACACAUCCCAUGGAGUCAUUAUCUAUAAUAUAUAUUUAUAUGUGUGUGUGUAUCCACAAAGAGUGGUAUAAUAAUUUCUGACUAUUAUUUUAGCAGCGUCUCACCAAUUGCUACAUUUUAAAGCCGUAACUAGCAUGUUUUGUUUUUAUGGAGCAUUUUAAUCCCUGAUCUAAAUACUUCACUUUAGUAGAUAAUAAAUAAAUGUACAACAGGAUUGGUACAAGCCAUAUAUGGUUCAGGCCAAUACUCUACAUAUUUUGUAAUUAUUUAUGUAGGUGAUAUUUGCUACAAAGUUAUUAAAGCUUCUCUAAUAAGACAUGCAUGGAUCUACAGCAUCGGUACUUAACUUUACUUUAAUGACCUCGAUUUAGAAUUGAAUUAUCUUUGUAAACCGAAAGACAGAAAUAUCUAAAAAUUGUCCUGUCUCUCUCUAUAUAUAUAUAUAUAUAUAUAUAACCCUCUGAUUUUUUAAAUACUUGUCCCAUCUGUAUAUCCCUAUUAAUUUCUAAAUACUUGUUUCAUCAAUAUAUUCCUCUAAUAUCUAAAAACUAGCCCGUCUGUAUAUCCCUCUCAUUUCUAAAUACUUGUCUCAUCUAUAAAUCCCUCUAAUUUAAAAAAGAAAUUUUCCCUGUCUAUAUCUCUCCUUUAAUGUCUAAAAACAUGUCAGUCUAUGUAUCCCUCUAAUUUUUAAAUACCCUUUUUGCCCAUCUAUAAAUCCCUCUAAUGUCUAAAAACAUGCCAGUCUAUAAAUUCCUCUAAUUUCUUCCAGACAUAAUUGAUUUAAAAUGCUAGAGCUGUGAACAGCAGGAUGCUCUAUUUGAACCUGAUGUUUCCCCUAACAUUGUUGUCCUGUGAUCCACUUGUACAUUUAAUAACUAGUCAUGUUUUUUUAAGCCUCCCCAUAAUUACCUUGUGCAUCAUGUAACCAAUUUCAUCUCAUUUUAUACAGAUGGCAAAGUCUAACAAUGUCUUGUUCUUGUCCAUGAAAACUCUUAAUUCAUUUGUAAACGAAUAUCAUUUUUAAAUCAAUAAAUGUAAAUGACG